AUGGCUGGAAGUGAGACGUUCUUGCCUUCGACGAUGCCCAUGGCAGUGACACCAACGGAAGAAGAGAUUACAAGUAUGCAUCGAUUCAUUGAAAAUGCAUUAGCGUUACUUGUUAAGGGGAAUGCCAAGAGCUAUCAGUAUUUAAUUCAGCAGUUGACGCUAUUACCGGCACCAGUUGCUACACGUCGUAAGAUUUUUCGUGCUUUACCACGCUGUAUCUCUACCAUAUCACGAGAACCAAGGGCGUAUGAAGCAUUACUGGAUAUUCUGUUUAAAUUUAAUCUACUGGCUACGGAUGAUCCAGACGAAAUGGAAGACUAUUUGAGCUUUAUUGUUCACUUGGUGUCUUCUAAUACCGUCUACGUUGUACCAACUCUACACAUGCUUGUACGCAACAUGCGUCGUCCACAGGAUAAGGAACUAUUAUCCUUUGAGUUGCGAGCUCUUGCAGCGACAGAGCAGAAGAAACAACAACAAGAGGUCAAGAAAGCUGCAGUCAACCUGGCUACGACAGAAGGCGGCUCUUUUAAUAGUGUUGUGUUGAUGUCUGCUGUUGAGACGGGACAGGAAAGACAAACUGGGGCAAGUCUGGACGUUCGUAUCCAGGCGCGAUUUGAAAUAGCACAUCGCACACUCGAGCGUGUACUUACGUUGGUGCCUACUGCAACAAAUGUGCUGUUUCCUGUCUUGUGUGAACACUUUCCUCACAAACGAAUGGACGCAAUCACUCAGGUGGGAUAUCUACGGAAUAUCUUGCACGUGACGAGUUAUGUUGGAGGACUUCGUGAGCGUGUGCUCGGGCUAGUGGUCGACCAGUUAGUGGCGAUUGAUGUGGAGAUUAAAUUGGACGAGAGUGAAGAAGACGUCUUCACAAUGGACGAUUUUCUGAAUGAUGAUUUGCUGCCACCUGAUGAUGCCUCGUGUCAAGUGGACGAAAUGGCAGAAAAGCUUGAUCAAAUGAUGCUUGUGAUGUUUGAGCACAUUGAGCAGUCUGCUGCAUUGAAUCCAAUCACGUCCUCUAAGAUGGCAGCAACUACUAAAGAUAGCUACAGUGGGAAGAAUGUGGACGUGCGCCAAGCCGCACUUGUUUUCAAGGAUCUACUUAAAGUGUUUGAGCAUUCUAUCCUUAACACUCAUCGGUCUAAGUACCCGCAAUUUUUGCUAUUUUACGUGUGCUGCUUGGAUUCCCAGUUUCAGGACGUUUUCAUUUCUCAACUGUUGGCCUCGUCACUAGACCCACAGACACCACCGACCACACGUCAGAGCUGUGGCGCCUACUUGGCUAGUUUUCUCGCUCGCGCCAAGUACAUUUCUGUUGCGUAUCUUCAGAAGGCUCUGUAUCACCUGCUGAAGUGGCUGCAUGACCAGAUGGACAUCUACGAUGCAGUGCAUCAGGAACAGCAAGAACAAGAGAACGGUAGGGUUGGCGAAACCGCUGCUGAAAGAGAAGAGCGGCUGCUGGAGGGGGCUGCAAGUUUGGAGAACACAAAAGGACGCAGCUUUCAGGAGAGUAUAUACAUUUCCUCUCUGCAGACUGUGUGCUACAUGAUGUGCUUCCGAGGAUUGGAGAUUGCCACCAGCGACGAUGGUGCUGGCUACGAAUUUUUGCGUAGCCUUGGCUGGGAGCGACUUAUUGUCACUAGUAGCGGCUACUGUCCACUGGCAUAUUGCCAGCAAACGGUGGCCACCGAGUUCUUGAAUCUGUCUCUGCGUCUAGUACUAAAACGGCUAAGUCAAUGGAACGCUCAAAAAAAGCCUACAGCGGGAUCGGCUUCUUCUUCCACUUUGCUUAGUCAACGGCAACCUCUUGAGACUUUCUUUCCAUUCGAUCCAUAUCUUUUGCGCCGAUCUUUUCGAUAUGUUGGGCCUUUGUACUUAUAUUGGAAACACGCUGACCCGACAUCGAGUGAAAACUGCGAAUUGUUGGAGUCUGUAAAGGCCACUGUUCGGCAAAUGCACGAGGACGCAGAAGAAGAAGAAGAAAAAGACAGUGAAGAAGAUGAGGAUCUGGUACAAGAGGACGCUAACAUGGCUGGAAGCGUGACAAAUCAAACAUGUUCCGUAAACUCUUCUUAUUACGCUGAUGGCUACAUGGACAAUCUCAGUCGGUCUUGCAACAUGUCGGCAAGUUCGUCGUACGACGGUGAAGGCUUUGGCGAUGAAGGCCGCACAUCAGUAAAACGCAUGCUGCCUUCACGUACCAUGUUUAAACCGUCUCCAGCUCUUUCGGUAAGCUCUCCUCCAUCAAGAUUACCACCGUUAGGUGCCGCUGACGCUUUCACACUUAGCGGCUUUGACGAGGACGACGAAGACCACGGAUUCUAA